GGUUUGUUGUUUUGUCUUGCCGUUUUUGCGAGUAGUGCCGGUGUUGUCCCAAAUUGCGUAAAACGAUUUCGAUAGUUUUUCCCCGUUACCGAAAUCGUCUCCAGCCUGCAAGAUGACGAUCAGCAAUUUGAUACGAUCGCGCUGUACACUAGCUGCCGCGAAAUCAUUCCUAGAGAACGUAAAAUCGUUCUCCAGUCAUGCAACGGUCGCGGAACACAUACAGCUGGAAAGGAUUCGCAAUAUUGGCAUCUCGGCACAUAUUGACAGUGGCAAAACGACACUAACCGAGCGCAUCCUGUUCUACACCGGACGCAUUAAGGAAAUGCAUGAGGUGAAGGGCAAGGAUAAUGUUGGCGCAACGAUGGACUCGAUGGAGCUGGAACGGCAGCGCGGCAUUACGAUUCAAUCGGCCGCUACGUACACGCUCUGGAAGGAGCACAAUAUCAACAUUAUCGAUACGCCCGGCCAUGUCGAUUUUACCGUGGAGGUAGAACGUGCGCUGCGUGUUCUGGACGGGGCUGUGCUGGUGCUGUGCAGUGUGGGUGGUGUCCAGAGUCAAACGCUCACGGUAAACCGACAGAUGAAGCGUUAUAAUGUGCCGUGUCUUGCGUUCAUCAACAAGCUCGAUCGAUCAGGUGCUAAUCCGUACCGUGUGCUUGGACAGAUGCGCUCCAAGCUGAACCACAACGCUGCGUUCGUACAGCUACCGAUUGGGGUGGAAAGCAACUGCAAGGGUGUGAUCGAUUUGGUCAAGCAGCGGGCACUUUACUUCGAGGAACCGUUUGGGUUGAAAAUACGCGAAGAUGAAAUACCGGCCGAUAUGCGUACGGAGUGUACCGAACGGCGACAGGAGCUGAUCGAGCAUCUGUCCAAUGUGGACGAAAAGAUCGGGGAACUGUUCCUGGAGGAGCGUGAAGCGACGGUAGAGGACAUAAUGGGUGCGAUACGUCGAUCCACGUUGAAGCGUGCCUUCACACCGGUGCUUGUUGGUACGGCACUCAAGAACAAAGGUGUCCAACCGCUGCUGGAUGCCGUGCUGAAUUAUCUGCCCCAUCCGGGCGAGGUGGAAAAUGUGGCACUGAUCGAGAAGAAAGAUGAAGAGCCACAGAAGGUGCUGCUAAAUCCGGCCCGCGAUGGAAAGGAUCCGUUCGUAGGGCUAGCUUUCAAGCUGGAAGCGGGCCGCUUCGGCCAGCUGACGUAUCUGCGCUGCUAUCAGGGCGUGCUGCGUAAAGGUGAUAACAUCUUCAACACCCGAUCGGGCAAGAAGAUACGGUUGGCACGCUUAGUCCGACUACACUCCAACCAAAUGGAGGACGUAAACGAAGUGUACGCGGGAGACAUUUUUGCCCUGUUCGGGGUCGAUUGUGCAUCGGGCGAUACGUUCGUAACGAACCAGAAGCUGGAACUGUCGAUGGAAUCGAUCUUCGUGCCCGAUCCCGUCGUAUCGAUGGCGAUCAAACCGAACAACUCGAAGGAUCGUGACAAUUUUGCGAAAGCGAUCGCACGCUUCACGAAGGAAGAUCCCACGUUCCACUUCGAGUACGAUGCGGACGUGAAGGAAACGCUCGUGUCGGGUAUGGGCGAGUUGCAUCUCGAGAUUUACGCCCAGCGUAUGGAACGCGAGUACAACUGUCCCGUAACGCUCGGCAAACCAAAGGUAGCGUUCCGCGAGACGCUUAUCGGACCGUGCGAGUUUGACUAUCUGCACAAGAAGCAAUCCGGUGGUCAAGGACAAUAUGCACGGGUGUCGGGAAUUUUGGAACCGUUGCCACCCCACCAGAACACCGUGAUCGAGUUUGUGGACGAAACGAUGGGUACGAAUGUACCGAAACAGUUCAUCCCAGGCAUUGAGAAAGGUUUCCGCCAGAUGGCUGAAAAGGGUUUGCUCUCCGGACACAAGCUGUCCGGUAUCAAGUUCCGGCUGCAGGACGGUGCACAUCAUAUCGUCGAUUCGAGCGAGCUGGCAUUCAUGUUAGCAGCCCAGGGUGCGAUCAAGAGUGUGUUCGAAAAUGGCAGCUGGCAGAUACUGGAACCGAUCAUGAUGGUAGAGGUAACGGCACCGGAAGAGUUCCAGGGUACGGUGAUUGGGCAGCUGAACAAACGCCACGGUAUCAUUACGGGUACGGAAGGUGCCGAAGGAUGGUUUACGGUGUACGCUGAAGUGCCCCUGAACGAUAUGUUCGGAUAUGCUGGAGAGUUACGCUCAAGCACACAGGGCAAGGGAGAGUUUAGUAUGGAGUACAGCCGCUAUUCACCUUGCAUGCCGGAAGCGCAGGAAAAGCUGGUCCACGAGUACCAAGUGGCGCAAGGCUUGGUGCUCGACAAGAAGCAGAAGAAAAAGAACUAACUUCAUACAGAGAGAGAAUGGGGCGAUAAUUAAUUUGUAAAUAAUUCGAUUAAAUUAAGUUUAAUUCCUUAAUUAGGUCUAUUAUUCGGUACACGUUACGACACGGGCGCAUGAAGAGGGGAAAAUAAAUCCUUUUUGCCAAAAAGGAAGGAAAAGCUCUAAUAACCUUAAUAGAAAUGUUGCGAUUUAUUAUCAGUGUAAUAUAUUGUUUAAUCCAGUGGAA